UAUUGUUAGUGAGUAUGGGUGUGGUAUAUACUGGACAGUCAUAUAGUGUAAUAGACAGACACAUACAAACACAUAUUGGAUAAGCCAUACAAUUACCGGACAAUUCAACACUAUUAUCAUUAUUAUCCAUACAUUUUGAUUAGUUGUCUAAUAAAAGUACUGUUAGUCGAUUGGAAACGACACAUACAUCACACAUACCUGUCCCAUACGUCUGAACAUAUCUAUACAUACAAUGUCUGCUUGUUGUAGCUGUACUACUGGUCAGAUUAGAAACUUUAUAUAUGAAAUAAUAACCAAACAAAUCGAUGCCAACGCCAGUGAUGGCGAUGAUUUUGAAUAUAAGUUUUGCGUUAGUUGCUAUAAUGCGCCCAGAUAUGGGUCUACCUUAUUGGGUGCGGCCGUUAAAGGUUAUGUCCAUACAGACAAAAAUCUGUGUCUUAGUUUACGAGAAAUUAAUACAUCAACUAAUGAAACUAUUAAAGAAUAUUCAGCUAAUGAUCCCAUUGUAUGGACCGUUAAUAAUCGUCAAUUUGAGAUAAUAGUUGAAUCAAUUACAAUGAAAAUGUCUGUCUCACCAUCCAUAGCACCAUACAAUCAAUCGGAUUUAAACAUUAUUAAAGAUUAUUGUAUAUCACCGAAAAAGACCCCAACAAUUGGCCAAUUAAAACAAGAGUUAGCCAAUAGAUACGGCUAUCGGUUGAUUAAAUUGUAUUUGACUGAUAGUAGUCGUAGUAGACGUCAAUUAUUAGAUGAUAUGUCCAUUGAAAAUGCCUGGUUUUUCGAUAAUAUUGCCAACAGUUUGAUUAAUGUCGUACCAAAUACUAUGUCCUGUUGUGACAAUUGUCUAAAGGAUGUCAACCGUCAGUAUUACUGUCGGAUUGACAUCAAACAGGUCGACCCCAACAACAACAACAAUAGCGAUGAUAAAGAUUUUAAAUACCUGUUUUGUCGACACACCGGUCCGGUAAGAGUUAAGGAUAUAUACUAUGUAUGUGUCGACGGAUAUAACGAAACAGAUAUUAGUCUAGAGAUACGCAACACUAAUCAGUCAAACGAAACAAAUCAAUGGUUAAGUUGUGAUCAGUUUAUUGAUUUUACUGAUUAUAUUGACUAUACAAACGAACAGAAAAGGACGGGUAGUAUUCGGUUUGAGAUCCGUCCCAUUCAAGUGACGGUUAAUAUGUCGUUGGCUGGACUCAAACAAACACAGAAACCGGAAGUUAAUAAUCAAUCACUAGUUAUACCGUUAAAUAUAUUGCCGACGCAAACAACGACUGUCGGUCAACUUAAACAACAGUUGGCCAUAAAGUAUAUGUUUGAAACGGAAACGGUUUCAUUGUAUUUGUCGGAUACGGACACCAAUGAACCGCAAGACAACCGCCAACUAACCGAUGACCAACCCAUCGCUAAUGUAUGGUUUUAUGGUUAUUAUAGCCGAAGUAUUAUUAACGUCGUAUCGACAAAAAGUGUUAAAUAUUUGACUGAAGUUAUCAACCGAUCAAAUGAUCUAAUCAUCGAAAAGAUGACAACACUGUUAUUAACGGCUAAUAGCGGACAAACUAUUGCCAAUCAAUCCGCUGAUGCCAUCACUGAUGCUGUCAUUACAGCCAAAAAUGAUUUAUUAACUGCAAAAUUAACAGAAUUGUCGACUACUUUGUCGACCACUUUGUCGACCACUUUGGCGACCACUUUGUCGACUACUUUAUCGGACACAAUAAGAGACUGUUUUACUGAACAAACCAAAGCCAUAACCGAAGCCAUCAUAUCUGCCAACAAAUACAACAGUGAUCUAAUAACCGGAAAACUAAUGACAGGUCUCGCAAAUCAUACCAAACAUAUUAUCAAUGCUUUGGCACUGAGAGACAAAUAUUUUGCGGCCGAUAUAUUGGACUCGGAAACCAAUAGCCAAUGGACUUGCAAUGAAUCUGUAUUAGACAACAUUAAUAAUGAUGAUGACAAUGACGAUGACAGUCAACUGGCCGACCAUUUAUUGGAUACCGAAGCUGUAGAGAUGGUCAACCAGCACAAGGAAUAUAAGAAGGAACAGCAGUAGCUCAGGUACUCUGAGAGACUACAGGAGCUGAUGAAUGUUAUGGCAGAAAUACAAAUGCAAAUUACAAUAUU